CUAAUCUUCGUUAUCUUUGGGAAUGACGAACCGUUCUCGUUGGCUGGAAUACUCGUCUCACUCCAAGUCCGAGCAUCGCUAGAAGAUGAGCCGAAACGGUAGUAGCGGUUACCUCAAGCCAAACUUCUAAUCCGAUACGUACUCCUUCAAACAGACCUACGUUUUUUAUGCUUUUUCUGGUAGACUCGUAGCAAUAGCUUCUUGUACAGCCCACUCAGUCGCACUGGUCGGCAGAAAUCCUUUACAUCUUUUGGAUAAAGAUAAUCCAUUCAUACCAGGAAAACUUUCAAUCUCGAACAGCACUGGGCAAGAAACUCGGAGUACUUCAUCCUGGCCGCUGCUAGACGUAGCAUUUGCCUCCAAUUUCAAUUCCUCGAAACGAACUCCCAAAAUUUCAGGCCAACCAGAGCGGCAUCAAUUGCGAAAUUUCAAAAUGAGGAAAAGCAGCACGCAAACUGAAUCAGUUUUCCAGGGAACUGCGUACGUCCAUGGCAGGGCUUCAGGUAAGCUCAUCGCGAGCGACCUCGCCUUAAGUUUCUGGGGAGGUAUCGACCCCCAAACCGGCGAAGUCAUCGAUCGCCAUCAUCCAUUGAGCGGACAGUAUCUCCAGGACACUGUUCUUGCUAUCCCUGGCGGCCGUGGUUCAUGCUCCGGUAGCGGCGUCAUGCUAGAACUCUUGCUCAACAACAAAGGUCCCAAGGCAAUAUUGUUCGCAAGGAAGGAAGACAUUCUCACGCUUGGUGUGAUGAUUGCUGAGGAGAUCUUUGGGAAGUCUAUCCCUGUUGUUACUCUGAAUGCAAGGGAUUUUCAGGAUAUACAAAAUGCUAGCUACGUUCGUGUUGAUGGCAACCGAGUCUCUCAGAUUGAAUCGAAUGCCACUGCUGAGACGCCGCAGCCUGGUUGUACGGAUACUCAGCAGGAACCUCCCACUGGCGACAUCAUGCUUACCGAAUUGGACAAAGCAUUUCUCCACGGGUUACUUGGCGAGGCAGCUCGUACGGCAAUGCGUAUCAUCCUGCGCAUGGCCCACUUGGCAGGAGCCCAGCAGCUCAUGGACGUUACCCAAGUUCACAUAGACGGUUGUGUCUAUACAGGGCCGGGUUCGCUCGCUUUUGCCGAGAAGCUACGAGACCUGGGAGGACGUGUGCUAGUUCCUACCACCCUCAACUCGAUCUCCGUUGACCAAAGGCGGUGGCGCGCCCUUGGUAUUGACUCUGCGUUUGGCAAGGCAUCUGAAAGGCUGGCGACUGCCUAUACCGACAUGGGUGCACACCCUACUUUUACCUGCGCCCCUUAUCUACUGGAUAGUGCACCGAAGCGCGGUGAUCAGGUAGCCUGGGCUGAAUCGAACGCAGUCGUGUAUGCGAAUAGUGUACUUGGGGCAAGGACUAUGAAAUACCCAGACUUCCUUGAUAUAUGCAUCGCUCUGACUGGCCGAGCUCCGCUAGAAGGGAUGCACAUCGAAACAAACCGACUGGCAUCGCUAUGUGUGAAAUUGCCAGACAUUCAAGACGUGAAGAAUGUUGACGACUCGUUCUAUCCCCUGUUGGGGUACUGCAUUGGCGGCAUAUCUGGAGGCCAUAUUCCUGUCGUGGUAGGACUUGAUACAUUAGCCCCCUCGACCGAUGACCUGAAGGCUUUCGGUGCUGCAUUCGCGACAGUGGCGAGUGCGCCUAUGUUCCAUAUAGUCGGGGUGACGCCGGAGGCUACCACACUAGAGGCGGCAAUAGGUCAAGGGCGCGAAGUGAAUACAGUUGAUCUGGACUUGAAAGAGCUUGAUUCCUGCUGGAAAAAGUUCAAUACGGCGCAGACCCACCAGGCAGUUGACUUGGUGUCUCUUGGAAACCCUCACUUCUCGUUGACCGAAGUCAAGAAGCUCGCCAGUAUUUGCCGGGGUCGAACGAAAAAUAAGCAGGUAGCCGUUGUGGUAACAUGUGGACGCACUACAUAUGGGCUAGCUAAUCAGCAGGGAUUGAUUGUGGAGUUGGAAGAAUUCGGGGUACAAUUUCUCACCGAUACCUGUUGGUGCAUGAUUGUCGAACCUGUUAUUCCGCCUGCUGCGAAAGUCAUCAUGACUAACUCUGCAAAGUACGCGCAUUACGGGCCAGGCCUUACAGGCAGACAAUUUUGCUUCGGAAGUCUAACAAGCUGCGUUGAAACUGCAUGUCAAGGUAGGUAUGUUCAAGGAAGCGUGGUAUCUUGAGGCUCGUACCAUGACGAGAUGGCUCAUAAAUACUCGUAGAUGAACUCUGGCAGUCAUAUUACCUACCAUACAAUCAUACUCGAGUUCUAUCCGAUCCCUUGACUUUCAUCUACAAAAUUUCUCUCUUCCUGGUAUUACAGAUCCACUGAGGUACCGCGUCGGGGUAAUUUACACCGGCACCGGGUAAUAUACACCGGAGAAUUGGGUAAAUUUACCCUUUUAC